UAAAACUAUUGUAGAAGAUCAAAAAGAGAAGUUUUUAAGCAUCAAGAGUAAGUUAAAGGAAAUUGAAGAUUUUUUAAGGGAAAAAAAAGAAAAUUUGCAUAGCAUUGAAUUCUCAGACUUAGAAUAUAUAAAGAAAGUUAAUGAAAUUUAUGAAGAAAUUAAGCAUAAAGUUACUAAUAUAGGUGAAUUAGAAAAUGAUAAUAAUAGUGAAAACAAUAAAAUUAUAAUUUACACCGAAAAAAUUUCUUAUUUAAUAGAAAGAAUAAAAUUUUUAUUGAAAGAUGAAGAAUUAUAUGAAUAUGAAAGUGAUUAUGAUUUAUCAGAAGAAAUGAAUAAGAAGGCAUUAGAUGAAGUAAAUAAUUAUAUAACAAGAAUUAAGGAAAAGAGAAAUAAAUCAAAGACAAUUUUAAAGGAUAUAGAAGUUAAUGUAGGAAAAAAUAAAGAUAUUUUUGUUGAAAAUAAAAAUACGCUUCUUUCUAUUUAUAGUAUUAUAAAGAGUAUAAAUGAAAUAAGGGAGGGUUAUCAAAGAAAAGCAAUUGAACAUGACAAGAAAAACAAAAUAAGAGAUAAUAUAGACAAAACUAUAAAAAAAGAGGAUGAAAAUAUUUCAAUAAAUAAUGACAUUGGUAAAACUUCUUUACGUGAUGAUAAAAACAUAGAAUUAAAUGAAAAUGGUAAUCAUAAUGGAAAUAAAGGGUCAGAUGAAAAGAAUAAUAGGAAGGAAGAAAACAAAUUUGGUAGUGCAAAAGUUAAAUUAUCGGGAGGAAUAUUGUGUGGUUUAUUAAUAAGUUCUUGCGUAAUUAUCACUACUUUAUAUAAAAGUAAGAGUGUAGGAAAUGAUAUUAAUGAGGAAGAGAUACUCGAAGAAUAUGAGGCAAAUAACGAUUUAUUUAAUUCAUGCAAACAUGAUGAAGUUAUUGAAGUAACUUUUACGGACUAUGAAUGA